AUGGCCAGAAAUAACCAUUUUGAAAGACUACUUCGAGCCUUGGCUACCAAAACACGCUUAAUUAUCGCAAGAUUCGACUAUAUGGGGAGAUUUCGAUAUCGACGUAAUCAUACACUACUGAUAACCGCCGCCGUUACAAUCCUGUUGCUUUACAAAUUUUUUAUACAGGAAAAGACAGAAACGAAUGAAAAUAUAGUGUUGGAAAUUAAUUAUGUAGAAAAGAGACUCAUCGGGAAAAUAAGUGCCGAACCAAUACCUCAUCGAUCAAAACCUUCCGCAAGGAUGAUUGAAUUCUACAAAGCUCAGGUGCCUCAACGACGUGCUUACUUGGAAGCAACUUACAAGUACCAACCGGAAACCUACACUUAUAUAUACAAUAAUCUAGCUCCAGAGGUAUUCUGUCCGGAACUAAUCCGCGUUGGAACUACACAUGAUGGUGGAAAAUGGAUCUGCAGUCCAUUUCGGAUUCCCGAUGGUUGCACUAUAAUUUCACUCGGUCUUUACAAUGAGAUUACAUUUGAACGAGAACUACAGCACAUCAUUGACAAGCGCUGCAACAUCUUCGCUUACGACAGUAAUGAUCAAGAAGUAAGCACUAUUGUUCUACUUGACAGCAUCCGCACAAAGGCAAGUAAAGCUACCAUUGCGGCAGAAUCAAACCCGUCAAAAAAUGAGUACACUCUGGCGGAGCUUUUGCAAGGAGAGAAGGUGAAGGACAUCGAGAUUCUCAAAUGCGACAUCGAAGGUAGUGAAUUGACUGUACUUCCUGAUUUCUUGGAACAGCAUAAGCCUGCACAGGUUAGUUGA